AUGUCCGUCACCUUCGCCCAUGAGGGAGACGACGCCUCCUGGGCUUGUACUGACCCCUCCUUCAGCUACUUCCUUGUCAGCGGCAGCCUCGCACCGAUGGAAAUAAUCCCAAACCGCUUAUCGGCAACGCUCCUGACUCCUACCCCGCUACACUACGUCGGCACGAGCGACAGUCUGAAGCACACGCUCAGCGUUGAGCUCACCGCAUCUGAGGCGCAACUACGGCAGGACCGCGGCGAGCAUUCUGCAAGGCUGGAGGCGCAAGAAAGCAAACCUGAAAAGGGGACCGCCGGAGGAGUUCACCAUCCAGCUGUGUACGGGGUCCAAAUCCCUGGUACAGCCCGCUCAUCGGGGGACAAGAGCAGGAGCACCGCCGGGUCUACCUGGAGCCCUGUGGCGCCGAGGAAAGACGGCGGCUUGACGUCCGAGCACGGUGGUGGUUGUGGAAGUGACAUCGAGAGCACCCUUGACGGAGGGAUUUUUUCCGUCCAUAGGGCAACAACACCCUCUGAGGUCAACGCGUCGGACGUCGACUUCUCUUCAAACGAAGGGGAAGAGACCCUCCCCUUGCUGCCGGGGCAAUCCCUCGACUGCUACCUGUUGUUACACCGUGUCAAGAUCGUUGACCCGGAGAGUGACCCCGACAAACCGGUAAGCCUCGAAGUCGUUCCGGCCGCGGUCGAGAGAGCUACUGGGACGACACGGUGGAAGUUAGAAGCUCGACAGGGGUCGUGUAUCGGCAGGGUGUUUGGGAAAGGAUUUAGUGCCGCCGCUCUUGAGCAAGUAGCCCUGCUCAUGGAGCGUCGGGAAGAGCCCGCAGCAGCCGUGGUACGGCGAAAAGGCUCUGCAGUGGACAAGGUACUCCUGGUCGAGUCUGGUGAGGCUGUACGAUUGGGAGACCCGCGAGAGAAUACCAUCAGGAACUACAGCUCGCUGCGAAUCAGGGCAGGGCAGUUGUUCGGAGCUGAAGAGGCCCUGUCCGGGCUACCCAGCUACACCUGCAACCUCACGGCCACGUGCCCUCUCCAGUUCUUCGCCAUCCCCGCGGAGGCGUUUCUCCGAGCGAUAGACGGCGUGUGGACUGAGCCUUUGUACCGGCUCCGGUCCAGAGCACGUGUGGUUGGCCACGGCUGCAGAGCCGAUUCGGCGGGACAGGAACGCCCUUUGACGGCCGCAGGGAUUGGCGGAGAGCGCUCUCUCCCGCGGAACUGGUCAAGCAACGAUGCAUUGCCGAACCUGACGAAGUCGAGGACAAGACCGCCUCCCGUGAUGCUGACACCCGUACCGCUGUUCUCCGGAAUCCAGGGGGGAUCGGGCUUGGAGGAGAGGGAAAAUGCGUGA